AUGGAAAUAUGGCGUGGCGCCAGCAAUAACAACAACAGCGAAGACGAGGACGAAGACGGCGAUGACGGCGAUGACAACGAUGACGAUAAUACCGGUCACUCCACAUGGCCAUACCGCUACCGACUGCCGCGAGACUCUACUUUGCACGACUGCAACGAAGCUCAUGCUACUCGCCACUGUACUCGCUCUGAAGAGAACGCUACAACAAUCUACGCUGAUGAGCCGAUCAAGUCCGAUGACAGAAUCAAUCGAGAUGCUUUGGCUAGCUUUGGUGGUUACGACAAUUCUGGCAAGCGUGUCAAGAUCCGGAGAGCAGCCCGAGCAGCCCGACAACGUCCACCUUCGGCAUCAACGGCCAGCAAAAAUGCAUUCAAAGCCUUAUCCCGGAAGAUUCGAGAAGACCCAAAUGAGUACGAACCUGAAGAUUCUGGUGGCAUCCCGGUGGUUGAACAAGUCGCACCGCCAACCGAACCCAAAUCUGCUACGCUGGAUGCCAACGAGGUGGCUGUGGAAGUCUCUCUGCUAUUUUAUUGGCGAAAUUCCCGCCUGCGUAGUGACACCCAGUAUAAGGAUAUUUUCGGACGCAGAGAACAGUCAGCCUUUUCGCUCCAGGUGAAGCUAGGGGUCGUCUCAACUUCACCCUUCACAAAAACUAUAGAGCUCGUGGAAAAGUUGCAGGAAACUGUUUCCCGUCUUAGCAUGGGGCCAUUCCGCGAAUUUCAUGUUCGAAUGAACAUCUCCCUUGGACGCUACGUCGAACCAGCUCUCAAUCUGCGAUUCUUCGUCCGGCACGGAUCCGAAAUGGUCAAGUUCCAUCAACUGAGUCUUUCACUGAGACGCAUCGUGGACAAGAUCAGCAUGAACGCCUCGGUGACUGUUCCCGAUUACUUUGAGAACUCUCUGGUUACAUCAGGAGUAGAAGAAAACCACCGUGGCAAUUCAGCUGAUUUCAUCCACCACAUUGCCUCCACAGUUCGAAAACUCCGCUUCGAUUUCGACUGGGCCAACACUUUGUCGAUUCCCUCUAUGGCUGGCAUUGAACCAGACCAGCCAAAAGACGUGCGCACCGUUGCCGAUGCAGUCAAAGAAACCCUUGAACUCCAGGGCAGCAAUUCCCUCACUAUUUGA